AUGUGGCAAGCAAAUAACAGCUUCCAAAAUAAUGGACGGUAUCAACCAAACAACUUCAAUCAAGAUGAUUUAUCCGGAACUACACCACUACCGUCUCCUUUUUCUGCGGUGGGCUCAGGUCCCAAUUUCUUUCAACAGCCAAACAUGUUGCAGUACGAUGAAAUGAAUAUCGAUGGUUUUAACAGCUUCUCUCCUGAACUUCCUACUAUGUACAACCAGACAGCUUUCGCGCAUAAUCAAUUUAUCCCCCCCAAUCCACCAUUCUCACCUCAAGUGAACUCAACUAAUAAUAGUGUGGCUCCUCCUACUCCUACUCCGACCAAAGAACAGCUUGCUGCCAAAACUGCCGAAUUAAGAGCAAGAUUGAUGAAGGGAAAGGAAAGCCGAGGCAACUCAGCUACCCCACCAGUUCCUGUACCCCCAAAACAAACAAGUGCGAUAGAGUCGUCGAACUCAUUGCAGCCAUCCCCUAAAAGUCCUGCGCAGGGGACGCACAUUGACGAACAUUUACGUCGUGAAAAAGAGAUAAAUGAUCUCAUUUCAGAUUAUUCGGAAACCAAGUCAAUAAUAGGAUCAAAAGUGAACCAGGAGGCAGGAAAUAAUACCAUCAAGAGAACACCUCCCCUCAACCCAUUCAUCUCAUCUGCGAAGUCUCAAGAUCCUUUUUCAGGAAGUCCUACAAGAGUGACCAGACCCCAGAUCAACACUGAUCGGGCUAGUAAUGGUACUCCAGCAGAGCGCGAAACUAGGAGUGUUAGGAAUGGAUCAAUGUCAGAAGGGGAGAUAUUAGAUGAACCUACUCCUAAGAAGCUUCCGCCCACUGAGCCAAAAGGAAAUCAAAUCAAGACAAAAUCGGCUAACGUUAAUGAAAAGUCCCUUAAGCCCGAAGAUGAUCGAAUAGCUCGGUCACCUUAUGCUCGUGUAAAGGUCGAGGAGCCUAGUUCCUUGACCCGGCGUCUAGCACCAGCACAGCCGUCAAGACCUGACGCUCCUCAGUAUCGAGAUGAUCGAAGAGAAGAGAACGAUUUUCGACCCGAGAGAAAACCAAGCGCCGAUCACAAACAUGAAAAGAAGUCACAUCAAGAUACCGACAAGAAACAAUACCUCCGCAAGUUUUCUCGUGACAAAAAUGACGAUUAUCGCCGUCCUGAAGCUACUAAGGAAGAGGUCAAAUCUGUUCGGGAGUCUAAGCCACCAACACUGGCACAAGUCUUACCACAUGAUCCUGAUUUGAGAGAAUGGUUGGAAAUGACUCAAUAUCACGAUCUAACACAUAGAAAUAAGUUAUUAAAAACUGCACGAGCUCUGAAGGAAUUAGAGGAACAAAAAGCGAAACUUUUGGCAGGUAUACAGGACGACCAAGGUCUUGUGAAGUAUAACUUGGGUAACUUGAUGAACGGCUCGAUGACACAGUCUCAGGAUGCCCCAGCUAUAACGGAGCCUACAGAUCUUAGUGAUCGUGUGACAUCUAACAAGCGCAAUUACAGUGAGGUUCAAGACUCCCACGUGGAAGCAAUCUAUGGAAAAGCGGCUCGUCUUGAAGAACAAGAACAUGACUACCGCCGUCUACAGAAUUCAGUCGACUAUGGUUCCUCUCGCCGUGCAAACGGUGAUCGUGGAAGUCGUUUCCAUUUUGAAGAGUCUCGUAAUCGUGGUCGAAGCCACAGUAAUGAUCGUGAAGUAUCCCCUGGUCCGAGGGCCUACGAUAGCAGACCUCCACGCGAAAGAUCUUAUGAUGCAGGUUCAGGCGGACGUCGCACAUUUGAAGUACAUGGAAGUUACAGAGGAAGGGCCUUUGAUCCAAAUUAUCGAGGUCGAGGUCGUGGAAGAGGUCGCGGUGAUUGGGCAUCGCACGAGUCAAGAAGUGAGGCCGGGUUUGGAUCGCGGAAUGCGCUUGGCAAGCCUUUUAAAGAUGCAAAAGGUUUCGAUCGAGGCGGGAAAGGUGAUACAAGAUAUUUCAUAGUAAAAUCCUUCAACGAUGAGAACGUUAUUAAAUGUAUAGAAGAUGGUGUAUGGACCACUCAAGCACAAAACGGACCCAUCUUCAAAGAAACCUUCGAGACAUGCAAAAACGUCAUCCUCGUCUUCUCCAUCAACAAAAGCCGAGCCUUCCAAGGUUACGCACGCAUGGAAUCUCUCCCCGGCAGCGUGCCCGUCCCCUCGUGGCAGCAUUCUAUCAAUUGGGAAAGCGCGGGCGCGUUUAAAGUCAAGUGGUUGGCGGUUUGUACGGUGAGGUUCCAUAAGGUGGGGUAUUUGAAAAAUUCGUUGAAUGCGGAUUUGGCGGUUCUGAUUGCGAAGGAUGGGCAGGAGAUUGAGGGGGGGUGUGGGUGCGAACUUUUGGGGGUUAUUGAUGGAGUUUUGGGGGGGGUUUUGGGUGGGGAGGGGGAGGGGGAGGGGAGGAAAGGAAGGGGGGAGGAGGGGGAGAGGGAGAGGUUUGUUGAUGCGGAGGCGUUUUGGGAUGAUUAG